CAAAGAGUCAAAACGACUUCGCAUGCGUUCAUUUCCUGCUAUCAUCAGCUCCUCAUUUCUUCCCCGUCCACACCGCGUGAACUCCACUCUCCUCUUCUGCUCUCGCUCAAUGUCGACGACUCCCGCCGCCGAAGACUUGCUUCGCAAAGCUCUCGCCGAGAAACUGUCGAAUAUCGAACUCCAAGGGACUUCUGUCCGUCAAUUAAAGGCGUCCGGCGCUCCCAAGCCUGACAUCGAUGCCGCCGUUCAAGCCUUGAAUGCGUUGAAGCUCGAAAAGGCCUCGAUCGAGAGUCAGCUUAAAUCUACACUCGCUGGUGGUGCUUCCGCCACCGCCACAAGGGAUGCUUUCCGCCAGGCUGUCGCCAACACUCUCGAGCGCCGCUUGUUCUACAUCCCCUCUUUCAAAAUCUACGGUGGUGUGACCGGUCUGUAUGACUACGGUCCACCUGGAUGCGCUAUUAAGGCCAAUGUCCUCGCUUUCUGGCGCCAGCACUUCGUUUUGGAGGAGAACAUGUUGGAGAUUGACUGUCCAUGUGUGACACCUGAGGUUGUCUUGAAGGCUUCAGGUCACGUUGAGAAAUUUACUGAUCUUAUGGUUAAGGACGAGAAGACGGGAACAUGUUAUCGUGCUGAUCAUUUGCUUAAGGAUUAUUGCAAUGAGAAACUCGAGAAGGACUUGAGCAUGUCUUCUGAAAAGGCAGCAGAAUUGAAGCAUGUGCUGGCUCUCUUAGAUGAUCUAUCUGCUGAUCAAAUUGGUGCAAAGAUCAAGGAAUAUAAUAUCACAGCUCCUGAUACUAAGAAUCCUCUUUCUGAUCCUUACCCAUUCAAUCUGAUGUUUCAGACUUCAAUCGGUCCAUCUGGGUUGAGCCCUGGGUUUUUACGCCCUGAAACAGCACAGGGAAUAUUUGUUAAUUUCAGAGAUUUGUAUUAUUACAAUGGAAACAAGCUCCCUUUUGCUGCUGCACAAAUUGGCCAGGCUUUUAGAAAUGAGAUAUCGCCAAGACAGGGGCUUCUGAGGGUCAGGGAGUUCACUCUAGCAGAAAUUGAGCAUUUUGUUGAUCCCCAGAACAAAUCACACCCCAAAUUUUCUGAGGUUGCAAGUUUGGAGAUUCUAAUGUUUCCUAGAAAAGAACAAGUAUCUGGGCAAUCUGCUACAAGAUUUCAGUUAGGGAAAGCUGUGUCUAGUGGAAUUGUCAAUAAUGAAACACUUGGAUACUUUAUUGGGAGAGUCUACCUAUUCUUAACACAAAUUGGAAUAGAUCAACAUCGUUUGAGAUUCAGGCAACAUCUUGAAAAUGAGAUGGCCCAUUAUGCUGAAGAUUGCUGGGAUGCAGAAAUUGAGAGUUCUUACGGUUGGAUAGAAUGUGUUGGCAUUGCUGAUAGAUCUGCAUAUGAUUUGCGUGCUCAUUCUGAAAAAAGUGGUACACCUCUUGAUGCUCAGGAAAAAUAUUUAGAACCUAAAGAAGUGGAGAAAAUUGUUAUAACUCCAGUGAAGAAAGAGCUUGGUCUAGCAUUCAAAGGGAACCAAAAGAUGGUUGCUGAAGCUUUGGAGGCGAUGAAUGAAGAUGCCGCUAUGGAGAUGAAGGCUGAUCUCGAAUCCAAAGGAGAGGUGGAGUUCCAGAUCUGCACUCUCGGGAGAAGUGUUACAAUUAAGAAGAAUAUGGUGUCCAUAUCAAAAGAAAAGAAGAAAGAGCACCAAAGAAAGUUCACUCCUUCAGUAAUUGAGCCCUCUUUUGGAAUCGGGAGGAUUAUAUAUUGUCUUUUUGAGCACUCGUUCUACACAAGGCCUAGUAAAACUGGAGAUGAACAACUUAAUGUGUUCCGCUUCCCAUCCCUGGUUGCACCCAUCAAGUGUACCGUUUUCCCAUUGGUUCAGAAUGAACAGUAUGAAGAAGUGGCAAAAUUGAUCUCUAGAUCUCUCACUGCUUCUGGGAUUUCACAUAAGAUUGACCUUACAGGUACCUCCAUAGGGAAAAGGUAUGCAAGAACGGAUGAACUAGGCGUCCCAUUUGCUAUCACAGUGGAUUCAUCAUCUUCAGUAACAGUGAGAGAGAGGGACAGUAAAGAUCAGAUUCGUGUUAGUGUGGAGGAGGUGGCAUCUGUUGUGAAGGAGGUAAGCGACGGACAUAAAACGUGGUCAGAUAUAUUACAAAUCUAUCCCAUUCACUCUUCAGAGUCCGCUGAGUGAGCAGGAGCCACUUCCAAACUUUUCGGAAAUGGAUAGAUAUAUUUCACUUUCCUGCUUUGAGGAUUUACUUUAUCUCUGCGCCCGUUUAGAGAGGAUUCUGGUAUCGUCUUUCACCAAGUAUCUAAUCUAUUUUUCUCGAGUUUUAAGGAAAUGUUUAACCCUUUCUUCUAGCUUAUUAAACAAAAUCAUGCUUGUAGACUGAUUUUACUUCAAAAUCACCUAAUAAUGUUUUUACGUGAUUUCGGGGGUAUCCAUUGAUUAGGGGUGGUUAAAUCACAUCUUUCCCAUCUAGAUUAUUAUCUCACCUAUUGACAUUUUUGCAUUUGAAGCAAAUUUUGUUGAAUUACAUUCAAGUGUUUUGAAUGAGUGUUGAACUACUUCCAUUGUUGCAACCCAAUGCAUUUAAAAUUCAUUCGAAG